ACUCGCGGCCGAGCGCGGUGGCCGAGCCGGCUCCGCGGCCCCCGCCCCGCCGGACGCCUGGACGCCGAGCCCGAGCCCAUCCGCGCCGGAGCCGCCCGGCCGCGCCCGCCGAGCCGCGGGGCUGGGAUGCGCGCCGCGAGCGCGCGUGCCCGCCCGCAGUGCGCGCGCCCCGGCUCGAGCGAGCGCUCCCCGCGGCGGCGGCGGCGGCGGCGGCGGCGACGGCGACGCGGCCCGCGCGCUCCCCCGGCCCCUGCCCCGGCUGCGCGGGCCCCCGCUGGGCCGAUGGGCUGCGCGGCGGAGCGGGUCCCCGGAGCGCCCCGGACGCGAGCGUGAGCGCGGUCUGGCGCCAUGUGCUAGGUGACACUGAGCUCAAGGCCACGCCCCCGGCCGUCGGAGCAGCCCCUCCUCGUGUCAGGGGUCACCCCACUGCCCAGGACCCCACCAUGGCUGGGGACCGGCUCCCGAGGAAGGUGAUGGAUGCCAAGAAGCUGGCCAGCCUGCUGCGGGGAGGGCCUGGGGGGCCGCUGGUCAUCGACAGCCGCUCCUUCGUGGAGUACAACAGCUGGCACGUGCUCAGCUCCGUCAACAUCUGCUGCUCCAAGCUGGUGAAGCGGCGGCUGCAGCAGGGCAAGGUGACCAUCGCGGAGCUUGUCCAGCCGGCCGUGCGCAGCCAGGUGGAGGCUGCGGAGCCGCAGGACGUGGUGGUCUACGACCAGAGCACCCGGGACGCCAGUGUGCUGGCCGCAGACAGCUUCCUGUCCAUCCUGCUGAGCAAGCUGGACGGCUGCUUCCACAGCGUGGCCAUCCUCACAGGGGGCUUUGCCACCUUCUCCUCCUGCUUCCCUGGCCUCUGUGAGGGCCGGCCUGGCACCCUGCUGUCCGUGAGCCUCUCCCAGCCCUGCCUGCCGGCCCCCAGCGUGGGCCUGACCCGCAUCCUCCCUCACCUCUACCUGGGCUCUCAGAAGGACGUCCUGGACAAGGACCUGAUGACCCAGAAUGGAAUAAGCUAUGUCCUCAACGCCAGCAACUCCUGUCCCAAGCCCGACUUCAUCUGCGAGAGCCGCUUCAUGCGCAUCCCCAUCAACGACAACUACUGUGAAAAGCUGCUGCCCUGGCUGGACAAGUCCAUCGAGUUCAUUGAUAAAGCCAAGCUGUCCAGCUGCCAGGUCAUCGUGCACUGUCUGGCCGGCAUCUCGCGCUCCGCCACCAUAGCCAUCGCCUACAUCAUGAAGACCAUGGGCAUGUCCUCAGACGAUGCGUACAGGUUCGUGAAGGACCGGCGUCCGUCCAUCUCGCCCAACUUCAACUUCCUGGGCCAGCUGCUGGAGUACGAGCGCAGCCUCAAGCUGCUGGCCGCCCUGCAGGGCGACGCAGGGUCCCCCUUGGGGACGCCUGAGGCCCCGCUGCCGCCGCUGCCACCACCUACCUCAGAGAGAGCCGCCACCGGGAGCGCGGCGGCCUCCGCAGCCAGGGACAGCGGCCCCGGCGCCUGCGGGGAGCCCCCCGCGCCCGCCGCGGCGCCGGCCACCAGCGCGCUGCAGCAGGGCCUGCGCGGCCUGCACCUCUCCCCGGACCGCCUCCAGGACACCAACCGCCUCAAGCGCUCCUUCUCCCUGGACAUCAGGUCGGCCUACGCCCCGAGCCGGCGGCCCGACGGCCCCGGCGCGCCCGACCCCGGCGAGGCCCCGAAGCUCUGCAAGCUGGACAGCCCGUCCGGGGGCGCGCUGGGCCUGCCCUCGCCCAGCCCGGACAGCCCGGACGCGGCCCCCGAGGCGCGGCCCCGGCCCCGCCGGCGCCCCCGGCCCCCCGCCGGCUCCCCCGCGCGCUCCCCCGCGCGCGGCCUCGGCCUGAACUUCGGGGACGCGGCCCGGCAGACUCCGCGGCACGGCCUCUCGGCACUGUCGGCGCCGGGGCUGCCCGGCCCCGGCCAGCCGGCCGGCCCCGGGGCCUGGGCGCCGCUCGACUCCCCGGGCACGCCGUCGCCCGACGGGCCCUGGUGCUUCAGCCCGGAGGGCGCGCAGGGGGCGGGCGGCGCGCGGUUCGCGCCCUUCGGCCGGGCGGGCGCGCCGGGACCCGGCGGCAGCAGCGGGGACCUGCGGCGGCGGGAGGCGGCGCGGGCGGAGCCCCGGGACGCGCGGACGGGCUGGCCCGACGAGCCGGGCCCCGAGACGCAGUUCCAGCGCCGCAGCUGCCAGAUGCAGUUCGAGGAGGGCAUGGCGGAGGGGCGCGCGCGCGGCGAGGAGCUGGCCGCCCUGGGCAAGCAGGCGAGCUUCUCGGGCAGCGUGGAGGUCAUCGAGGUGUCGUGACCCGCGCCCCGCCCCGCGCCCCGGCUCGGCCGCCAGCAGCCGGGCCGUUAUAAAUAUAUAUUAUGUAUAAUGCAAAGAAAGGUAAAUGGUUUUACUGCGAUUUUUAUCAAGAAGUAAAUAUUUCGAUUUUUUUAUUUAUUUAAGCUGUUCAUUCUGGCAAUGAUUUGGCAACAGUGCCGGGUGGCCCUCCGAGCUCUAUUUUUACUGUCUGAUAUUUAAACUGAAACUUGUUUCUAAGCAAUAUGAGGCCACCUUCAGUCGCAAGCUGGGGUGCCAGGUCUGGGGUCCCCUCGCCGACUCCCCGCACCCGCAGGAAACACUGCUGACCUUUGCAAAGAGGCUGCGAGCUUGCUUUCGGAGCUUUUGUGCACUUUUUACAUAAGAAAAAGGGGAAAAAAGGAAAAAAACUUCUUUGCCACAAACUGAGCCGCAGAACCUCCCUCCCCUCCCCUCGGCCCCUCCCUCUCCUCUGCGCCUCUGAACCAAAGCCAUAGGUUUGGGGUGGCCCCGGGAGCUGGUGUGCCCCGAGCGGGUACUGCCAGCCCUGCACCAGCUCCAGGACCAACUCUUAGUGGCGUGGAGGGCAUCCGCCACCCACGCCCAGAGCUCUUCCUGCUCCCUGGCAGGUGUGGACGGGCGUUUGGCCCCACGGGGCAGGUUUCCGAGGGGCUGGGAGUAGGACCGAGUGGGGGCUUGGACAGGGGGCUCCUGAAUGUGAGCCGAGGUGGGUCCCCAGGGCGGGGGCAGGGUCCAUUCCUAGGAGGGUGCGUCCUGCCCUCUGCUUUGCAGUGUCCCAGAGCCCCCUGCCGGGCGGGACCCCCUCCCCGCAGGAAGGGGCGUGGCCUCUGGGGGUGCCAAGCGGGAGGCCCCCCGCAGGAAGGGGCGUGGCCUCUGGGGUGCCAAGCGGGAGGCCCCCCGCAGGAAGGGGCAUGGCGGGAGGGCCCCGCCAGCUGGCCAGUGCUGGCUCCACUGGUCAGAGGGGAGCUGCCGGCCCAGGUGUGGGAGGGGUGGGUUUAGGGCUUGUCCUGGGCUCUUGCGCCCACCCAGCCCCAGCCCCCUCAGGCCUUGGAAUUCAGGCAUCUGCACAUUGAGGGGCCUCUGUGAGCAGGUGCUGCCUUGCUCCUUCCUGUGGUCCUCCCAGGGUCCCGAGGUCCUGAACUUUGGGAGAGCCAUCUCCAGGCAGAGAAAGACCCCUGUCUCCCCCACUGUGAGAGCCUAGUAGGAGAGGAAACCCCCAACACCCCUUUCCCAGGGUCCUCCCAGCAUCUUCAAGGUGACAUGCCAGCCCCCACCCCCAGGUGGGCCCAGGUAGGCCCAGGUGGGCCAGCCUGGGGGUGAGGGCAGGAGAAGAGCCCAGCCGCCCCUGCCCCACACCCGCCUGGGUCACUGGGACCCAAGGCUUUAAAGGCAGAUGUCCCUUGCCCUUCAGAUGUCCCAGAGACUAGGAGUGGGCCCAGUCACCUUGCGGAGAUGCUGGGGCAGGAGGGGCUGGGCAGGAGGGGCUGCCCCUGGCUGUUUCUUCUAUUUGUUCUUUUGACCCCAGGCCUCUGUCCCUGUCAUCCCUCUUUUAAGCAAAAGUCCUGUUCCUGUUCCCUCUGUCCCCCCCACCCCUGUUCCCAAGAAAAUAAGCUAUCAUUGUUGUAUUUGCAAUCUAUGGAUUAGAGGUUUAAGUAUUUAUUAUUGGUUAAUUAUUAUUAAUUAUGUAAAUUUGCCUCUUGUCUGUUGCGUUGGGUUUCUGAGGUGACCCUGGGUGUGGAGGAUGCAUUGCCCCCCCCACCCCACCCCUGCACUGUCCGGGAGACAGUUUUGGGGCCACUGGUUGGGUCCCAAAACCCUGGAUGCAGGUCCCACGGUCCUGCGGCCCCCCCUUCUCCAGGGCUGCCAGCAUCACUGUGGCUGCUGUCCUGGGGCAUGUGGGGCCGGUGGCACUCAGUCUCCGCUCUCACUGGUGAGGCACUGGUCACCCCAAAGGGGGCAGCCAAGAUGGGGGAGAAGGUCCCCCAUCCAUGUGCUGGGGCAGCCGGGCAGGGGCCUUUGCCAGGCUGCUGCCCCCACCCUUCCAGGUAUGGGGGACUGGGCUGCUGAGUCUGCCAGCUCUCCCGGCCCCUUGCACCCCUGCCUGGCCACCCCGGCUUUGGGGUCGCCCCACAAGGGGCCCGGCCCCUUCCUGUCAUUUGCUGGAAGGUCCAGUAGAGCAGAGGCGGCAGCCCCCUAGCCGAGCCUCCCGUCUCUGCUGACUGGGCUGCCAGGGCCCAGCCCACUCCCCCUCCGCCUCAGAACCCCUCCCCCAGGGGCCACACUUCCAGGUCCUAGGCCUGUCCCCUCCUUUUGUCUUUGGAAACAAUGUGUUGUAAUAAAUCCUGAGAUGGACAUUU